AUGGCCAAACGACCAAAUAAAAAGCCACUGACGGUACAGACCGAUAGUGAGCCACCCAAGAUCUCCGAUGUUGCCCAAUUGACACCACGGCGCACGUCACCACGAAAACUAAGUGCAAUAGCACGAAUACCCUCUGCAGCACUUGUUUCUCCCACCGGUGCUCUGGAGGUGCAGAAGUUGCGUUUGCAACUGCAGAAUGAGCAAACAAAAAAUGCCAUGUUGGUGAAACAGAUUGAAGAACUCAACGAAGACAAACAGUUCCUGAAACAGCAAUUACAGCAGUGUUCUGCUCCUAGACCAAGCCAUGCCACAAGUAAAGCUAUGGAGAUCAGCAGCUCUUCAUCUGGUGGUUCAUCUGAUGAGUCAUCAGAUCUCUCAGAUUCAUCAGACACAUCCAAGGAAAAGUCAAAGAAGAAGCAAGGAAGCAAGAAAAGCAAGAAAAAGAAGAUCAUAAAAAUGAAAGAAACUGAAAGUUAUAGUCGAACACGACUGUGUAACCCCAAAGGCAUUGUUGCCCGCUAUAAGAAAGCUCUGAAGCUUCACGCAUUGGGCAAACCAAUGCCCAGAUGCUUCCGCCACAUUGGGGUUAACCGAAACACCAUGGCCAGAACUGCGGCCAUAGCAGAGCUUUUUAUUGCUGCUCCAGAGGUCUACGCAACUUUGCCCCCAUGGAAUGAAGCAACUGAAACGGUAGCGAGCUUCAGCAAAAGGUGCAAAGAGGCGAUGAACGGAGAAGUCUCAUCCAAGAUAAAAAGCUUUAAGGCUCAGGGAAAACUUCUUCCAAUUAAGCAUACAAAUGCUUAA